UGUUUGUGGAGUAUCAGUAUAAAAAGCCCUGAAAACAUGGAGAAUCGCUCCAACAGAGACCAUGGGCAAGAUCAUCUUCUACGAGGACAAGAACUUCCAGGGUCGGAGCUAUGAGUGUAGCAAUGACUGCACGGACCUCCACACGUACUUUAGCCGCUGCAACUCCAUCAGGGUGGAGAGCGGCUGCUUCAUGAUCUACGAGCGACCCAACUACAUGGGCCACCAGUACUUCAUGAGGAGGGGCGAGUAUCCAGACUAUCAGCGGUGGAUGGGCUUCAGCAGUAGCAUUCGCUCGUGUCGGAUGAUCCCCGUGUACCGCGGCUCCUACAGACUGCGUAUCUAUGAGAAGCCAGACCUCGGCGGCAACAUGAUGGAGUUCAUGGACGACUGUCCCUGUGUGUCUGACCGUUUCCACCACCGCUAUGUCUACUCAUGUAACGUCAUGAACGGCUACUUCGUCUUCUACGAGUAUCCCAACUACAGAGGCCGGCAGUACUUCCUCAGACCGGGCGAGUACAGGAGGUACCGCGACUGGUGCGCCACCUGCGCCAUUGUCGGCUCCUUCAGGAGAGUCACCGAAUUUUAGCCAUCGACCGAAAACUUUGUUACCUGCUGUACAUACGAAACACUUUGUUUAUUAAAGAAUUGAGGUGAAUUUUUAAA